AUGUCUAGCUUGCGAAUCCUUGCGAGAAAUCACCCUCAACGUACUCUAGCUUUGGCCACCACUGAUUACGUUCUAAUCUUCAAGCAUAGCUCCACAAUCUCCAAACCCAGCAGCCAGCGGCGAACUGAUUCACCACGUUGUUUAGUUGAAUUUGCUAGUCAGUCAGACGUAGAUUUGAGCAGCUAUCAGAAACUAGGUGAUGGCUAUGGCACGCUGGGAUUGAUUACUUUUGACGACGAGGUUUUUCUCUCCGUCGUCACCGCCCGUUCCAAAGCCGCAACGAUCAGGCCUGGAGAGAAUAUUUCACGAAUUGACAAUGUGGAUUUCUUCUGCCUUAAUCACUCAGAAUACGAGGAUGGCUUUGACCAUGAGCUCAGAUCGUCGUCCCCUGCAACCGAAGACUUCACGCAUAAUGUUGGCCUGGACUCCAAAGAGCUGGUUGCGGAACACCCCUUCCUAGCUCUGAAAAAGCUUCUCGGUGAUGGCAGUUUCUACUAUAGCCUUGAUUUCAACCUUACAGACAGACUACAGGACCGUUCGGACAAGUCGGCAACUUUCGACAUUGAGUCUCUAGAUGAAGACAUGCUAUGGAAUUCAUACAUGAUUCAUCCUCUUCUUCUUUUCAGGAGCCACCUAUCGUCCCGCGAAAAACAGCAUCUAGACUCUUGUCAGAUCCUCACUUGUGUGAUAAGAGGCUUCUCUAGUACCCUAACAAUCCCGGCUUCCGUCUCCAUCCUGCCUCGGUUACAAACCCAUUACCCCUCUACGCUAAGCAUAAUAUCACGACAGUCCUCUCGACGUGCUGGAACGAGGUUCAAUUCCCGCGGCAUUGAUGAUGAUGGCCAUGUCGCAAACUAUGUUGAGACCGAAACAAUACUUUGGAUGCCGCCUGGGAUUACAUUUUCUUAUGUCCAAGUUCGGGGAUCGGUACCUAUAUUUUGGGAGCAAGCAUCAGCGUUCCUCCCCGGUCAGCAGAAAAUCGACGUGACCCGAUCUAGCGAGGCAACGCAGCACGCAUUUGACAAACAUUUCGAGGGGCUUGAAUUAGAAUAUGGUGCAAUACAUGUGGUCAACCUUCUCAGUGAACUGAAGCCCGCGGAAUCCGAGCUUUCGGCAAAGUUCCGGGAGCAUAUCAAGAGAAGCCCUUUGAAUCAAAAGACGGGGCUGGAUAGCAUCUCAGAUCAUACCCUCCUACGUGCUACGGAGUUCGAUUUUCACGCAGAAACUCGCGGCCCUUUAGGAUAUGCAGCCAGCGGCCUGGUCAAGCAUGAAAUAUCGCAUUCGAUGGACGGGUUUGCAUUCUUCUUGUCUGAAAAUAACUCUGUGAUGAAAUUCUCAGAUGACGGCCAGACAACCCUGAUGGGCUCUUCCACUGUCCUCCAACAGGAGGGCGUUUUUCGUACCAACUGCUUGGAUUGUCUUGAUAGAACUAAUCAUGUUCAGAACAUUAUUAGUUCGAUGGCCCUCGAAUCCUUCUUUCUCCAACAAGGGGCAACCUUGGGCUCCGAUGUGCAGCUGAGGCAUUCGACUCUUUGGGCCGAUAACGGAGAUGCACUAUCUAAGAUAUAUGCCGGCACAGGGGCCCUGAAGAGCUCCUUCACACGUCAUGGAAGGAUGUCGCUUGCUGGUGCGCUGGCAGAUGCUCGCAAGACUGCCACUCGACUUUAUGUCAACAAUUUUUCGGACAAAGCGCGCCAAAAAACGAUAGACCUUUUGCUGGGGCGUCUUACAGGCCAGGUAGCGGUGCAUCUUCAUGACCCAAUUAACGAUUUGGUUUUGACGGAAUUAAAUCGGCGGGCGUCAGAAUAUUCUUUUACUAAAUCCAUCAAGAUCUGGACUGGGACCUUCAAUGUGAAUGGGCGACACCUGGGAACAGAUGUCGACCUUACACCGUGGUUGCUGCCAGAACUUGAAACCAACGACCCCAUGAUAUUCGCUGUUGGGUUCCAGGAAAUAGUUGCGUUGAGUCCCCAACAAAUAAUGUCCACCGACCCUUCCACUCGUAAGACGUGGGAGGCCGCGGUCGGGAACUGCCUGAAUAGCUCUGCAAGGUCUAGAGGAACCACGAAGUAUGUUCUUUUACGCAGUGGCCAACUCGUUGGUGCUGCCCUGAUGGUAUUCGUGAGAGAGGAUGUUUUAAAGGAGAUCAAAAAUGUGGAAGGGAGUGUGAAGAAGACAGGUCUUUCCGGAAUAGCCGGCAACAAGGGAGGCUGUGCCAUUCGCCUGGAGUACUCCAAUACUCGAAUAUGCUUUGUUACCGCGCAUCUCGCUGCAGGGUUUGCCAAUUAUGAUGAAAGAAACAGAGAUUAUGAAACCAUAUGCCACGGGCUGAGAUUCCAAAGGAAUAGAUCAAUCGAUGACCACGACUCUAUCAUAUGGCUGGGGGAUUUUAACUAUCGAAUCGGCCUUGGCAACCACAACGUCAGGGAGCUCGUGCUGCAGAGAGAUUACCAAAAGCUCUAUGACAACGACCAGUUGAACUUGCAAAUGGUUACCGGGCGGGCUUUCCAAUUUUAUACGGAAGGGUCCAUUUCCUUUCCUCCUACUUACAAGUACGAUGUCGGAAGAGACGAAUACGACACCUCGGAGAAAGCACGUAUACCAGCUUGGUGUGACAGAGUGCUCUGGAGAGGAACAAACCUCCAUCAAGUAAACUACAAAGCUGCAGAUCUGCGGUUUUCGGACCACCGCCCAGUUUGGGCCACUUUCCUUUGUGAAAUCAGCACAGUUGAUGAAACUGCAAAGAGCGAGCUAAGGCGCUCCCUUUAUUAUCAGAAACGGAGCAAUUCAGGUGAUCUAGUGGCAUGUUCCGGGGAAACAUUCGGUUUGAGUGAUGAGGAACUCACAAGGUUCGAUCCUAUUAUGCCAGGGCUUCCGCCAGCCAGUUCAGACCAUCAGAAAUGGUGGUUGGAUCACGGUGCCCCUGUGAAGUCAACUGUGAAGCCUCCCGAUGUUGAAUAUACUCUCAGCAGCUACCGUAGGUCUAAUCCUUUCUCGUCUAGUAGCAACUCCAACUGGGUUCUUGAUCAUAAAAAAAGCGGAUCUGCUGCUUCCAGACCUCAGCCGUCCUCAAGGAUGACUGUCUCCAGCACGACAAAUCAGUCCAGGUCAAAUAGUGACACCUGGUGUGGAAGCCACCCGGAUGGGUCGGAAUAUGAAGAUACCACUACUGUGCAUGGGAGUCUGUCGCCCAACACAAGGGCUGCCCCACCCAUUCCACGAAAGCCGGUCUUACUUACCACGGCUCUUCGGAAGCAACAGGGGGGCACUGGAAGCCUCUUCUGCCGCAGUGAUCCUUCUCGGCAGUGA